CUAGGUGCUUCAGAGAAGACAUCUCAUCAGGGAUAUAGCGCGAAGUCAAGCGGUACCGACACUGAAAGAGGAUCUAAUUUCGGAGAAAAUAAAUCCACGAAGUCUCAGGGUAUUGUUCCUCCUCUAGGUGUUUCGGAGAAGACAUCUCAUCAAGGAUAUAGCGCCAAGUCAAGUGGUACUGACGCUGAAAGAGCAUCUAAUUUGAGACAAAAUAAAUCAAUGAAACCUCUAGAUGCUUACAAAAACAAAUCGGCUCAAAGUAAAGAACAAAAACACAAGGCACUGACUGCAAAAUUGAGAGCGUCUAAUUCGAUUAUUCUCUCAGAAAAUAUAAUUUCCCAACGAGAAAAACAUACUCAAUCAACCACUAACAACACAGGGAAAGCACCUAAACAGCCAGAAAAGAAACCAACGAAUUCUCUAGAUAUUACAUCAAAAAAUGAUGCUAAAAUCUCAAGUACCGGCAAUACUUCGUCUAUAUCAUUCCAUCCAAAUCGACAGCAGCUAAAAAUAGCUGAAAAAACUGAUCUAGGCAUUAGCAAAGUGAUCGCAGUUAAACACACUGUAUCCACUAACGCAAACCAAACCAAAGACAAAAAAUUAGAUGCCCUAAGCGCAAAAAUAUCAUGGACUCAGAAUUCGCGUCAAAAUCAAAUAAUUAACACCGAAAUGCUAAACAUGGAAAUUAGAAAACGACAACCCUUGAAAGAAUUUAAAACGCCCGACAUCGCAGAAGAGAUAGUACCUCAAGUUAAAGAUAAACGGUUUGAGUGGAAGAGCUUCUGGAUACAAGAUCAAAAACUGGACAAACAGGCGUUAAACAAAGAAAUUCAAGACCGAUACACCAUGAAACAAUUCCGGAAUUUAGCUAGCGUUCCUGAGCCCUUUCCAUCGCCCUUAGCUAAAUACUGUGCUCCUCAGCACUGCAUCAACAAGAAAGCUUUAGAACUGGAGAUUUUUGAAAGACAAUCUAGAAGAGUACAGAAAAGAAUAAAUACUGUGGAUAUGAAUUCUUCCAAUAAAUUUCUGAAUAUUCAGAUAUCACCUAACACGGCUCUUCGCGAUCCUCCUCCGAAAAUACCAGAAAUUAAGCGUUCACACUCAGCUAGAAAUUCUGCCGAAGCUAAGUCAAAUCUACCUAGGAAGCGCUGGGAGAAUAACGCUUACUCGGAGAUUUGGAGUACCUCCCCCAAAGCAAACGAUUCAGCGCGUGAGGAAAAGACAAAUAAAAUGGAUGGUCAAAAUAAAAAUGGUUCUUUUAAAGUGUUAAGUUUGAACAAGCUGGAUCAGGAUAAGGAGGAGGCACCGAAGAAAACCUCCAAACCGUUGAAAGAUUUGAAAAAUAACGCUAACGAGCCCAGAGAUGUUAAUAAAACCAAGGAGAAUAAUUUCCAUACUAUGCACAACGUGAAUAAUCGAAAGCAGUCGAUAAAAGAUAAAUUAGAGAGUGGAAAAACAACUCAACAAACAGAGAGAGACGAUAAACAGUCAGUACGACCGUCCAGUUGUCCUCCUUUGAAAUCAGGUGCAGUGAACUACUCCUCUGGAACAAAGAAUUUGUACAAACAGGGAAAAUUACAACUGGGCAGUAGAGGAACUCUUAAUUACAUUUCUGGAUCUGUACCUCCUGGAAAUAACAAACCUCCCGGUCCAAUGAAAAAGGAACCGUUAAAAGAUAAAGAUGAUGCGGUAUGCAACAAGAACUUGAAACAAGACCAUCCGAUGCUGGUGCUCAAUGUCACCCUACCCAAAAUCGAAAUAUCUACCGCGUCGGGUAACUCGAAAGAGACCAAGGUCAUAUCCAGUUGUUCCGGUGAAUUUAAGCUGUGGGGCAAAUUGGAAAAUGAGACUGUCAAAUCACCCUCGGGAUCUGGUCCUAUUAAGGAGAAAAAAAUACCACAAAAGCCUAAAGCAGACACAUCAACGAUGUCACUAGGCACACUGGGCGACAGACACUUUCACAAACGAUCAAACCCGAAUUAUGCACCCGAGAAACUGGAACAGGCAAAGAAUAAAACCAUCGAGGAAAGUCCUAGAAAAGCAGUCUUUCAAAUUCUGCCAGACAGCGAAUCUGUAGUGAUUCAGAAAGCCGUAAUCGACGAGAAGAAACCAAAGGAGGAAAUCAGAUCAAAGUCGGAGAAGAAAUAUUUUUACAAGAAACAAGAUUCGGAACCGGCAGAAAUGCAAACUAAAUCUCCACCAGGUGCCACUUCCCGCGCGCAUCUCAGCCUAAAGAACUUCGCCGACCCCUUCGAAGACACCGAAGUGAGUUACGUCAGCCGGCAGAGGGCGCGCUACGAGAUGCCUGCCAGGCUCCGGGCGGAGAUCGUCAUGAUCUACGACAAAGACUCGUCGCAAAAGAUCCGCCGCGACCAGAAGUUCAGACGGUUCAACCGGAAACUAGUGGCCAACGACGAACCACGAUCGAUCAAACCCAGCCCGAUCUUUUGCGAUCUGAACGGACGCAAUUUCAUCAAGAUCAAAAAACAGUUUUUCGAAAACGGCUUGAAACCUGACUUGCAAAAAUCUAGGAAAAAUAUUAGCACAAAUUCAAGUUCCACGGAUAAAAAAGUUUUAAAUAACUUCUCAAAUACCCCCGGUACAAAAAAGGACGAGCCAAAAAAACCUGUUGAAGAAAUAGGCGAAUUGUUGAUCAAAGAAGUCCAAAAAGUAUUUCAGAAACCUGAUAACGAAAAGGGUUUAACGCUAGAGAGUAAAACAGGAAAAUCAACCAGUCCUAUUACAAAUACUGACAAAGCACAUAGCAAGAAGACAGAUAUAGUUCAACCAAAGAACAAAGAAGACCUAUCAAAAAAACCUUCACCAAAAGACCCAGACACAGUGAAUACAUCAGAAUUAGGUAAAGGGAAAGCAACAAGUGAGGAUAUUAGUAAUAUACAACGUAAAAGUAAAUACGAAAUUCAGUUAAAGUGUUCGAAAAAAGAUGAUUUCAAUUUAACUAAAGCUGAUGGCAGUUUUAAAUCUCAUAUUAAAGAAGUCGCAAAAAGGAAAAAGGAAGAUUCUAAAGAGACCACUAAAAAAAGGAUAGUUGCAUGGCCUCAUGAAAAACAGUCUAAAAAUUAUGAAAUACAAAUGAAAUGUACAAAACUUGAAAAUUUGCAGGAAGACACACCAAAUGAGAAAAUCAAAGAAGGCUCCACUCUCAAACCUACUCUGGAAGCAAAAAGUGAUGCUAAACCUAAAUCUGAAAACACCAAAUCGGUUGCUAGAAGUCAGAUUAAGAAAGUGCAAGUCGUGGAAAAACUUGAUAAGCCCGAAGAGGAUCAAACCAAUAAAAAAUUGACUGCGAACAGUGAUAAAGAGUCCCCCAGAUCGGAGAUAUUAGAGAAGAAUAUAAAGAACGUUGAGGAGAACUUGAUUAAAUUUGGAUUCUUCAAACCCAAAACCGAGUCAAAUGUGAACGAUGUUCCACAGAAAGAUGGCGAGCUUCCUAAAGAAACUGCGCCUGCGGAAGCCACAGAAAAAGCCAAAAUCGACCAACAAGAAGCCGCCGUUUUAAAACCAAGUGAAGUGGAAAAGCAGCAAACAAAGAGCAAAGAAGUUUCUAGUUCCGGAAUUAAAAAAGAAUCAACUGCUUUAAAAUCAAGUGAAGUGGAAAAACAGCAAACGAUGAACAAAGAAGUUUCUACUUCCGAAAUUAAAAAAGAAUCACCUGCUUUAAAAUCAACUGAAGUGGAAAAACAGCAAGCAACGAACAAACAAGUUCCUAGUUCUGAAAUUAAGAAAGAAUCCAUUGUUUUAAAAUUAAAUUACAUUGAAAAUCAGAAAACGAAAUACAAUCGUGCUGCAGCUGAUGUUCAGGCACGAGAUCCGGUAAUACAAGCUUUAGAAGAUAUGAAGACCAAAAGCAAAAAGGCGUCGACAUCUACAUUGCUCAAGAAGAAAACAAAGAAGGAUGAGGUUGAAGAAAUAAAUUCAGCCGCCCAAUACCUUCUAGAGCAAGAAAAGAAGAAACGAUACGAAGAAAUGCUGAAAGGGAAGAAAAAACAAAAAAAGUACGAACAAGACGCUAAAAUUGUCGCUCCCAGUAUUGGAAAUACCGAUUGGGGCGUUGAAAUAAAAUCACGGACGCCGACCGAGGAGACCAAGAAUGAUUCCUUCGAUGACACGCUCAUGUCCAAAUCCGAAUACCUCAGAUGGAAAGAGCAAAAAGAAAAGAAUGAAUCGUUCAAAGUCGACCAAGCAGUUUUGAACCAUAAAAUCAAGAAAAUAGCUAACAUUAUGGCAGAUACAAUGAAGCAAGAAGAGGACAACCAGUUGAAACAUGAUUACGAUGUAAGUUUGAAGUGUUCCAAAGUCACAGACUACAGUUUAGACGAUCAAAAUCUGUUAGAAGUCGAACACAAAACUCGAGCUCAACGUCUAGAAGAAUCUAUCAGGGAAAAGAACGCUAACAAAAUCAAAAGAAACUUGGGUAAAGAACAAGAUGAUGAUCACCGAAAAGGACAAAACUUAACCUUAACAAAAAAACUUGACGUUGCGGAAACGUCUAAGAAUCUUAACAACACCAAGCCACCAAAAUGUGCCAAGAUUAUUUUGCCUCUAAAGAAACUCCCCAAGCAAACAUUCGAACAGUCGCUAGAAGAAUAUUCAAGUAUAUUGAAGAAGCCUGUUGGUGACGAAAUAAAAACAGUGCCGAAAGAAUUCAACGCUGAGAAGAACAAGAAAAGUACCAAUAAAGCGCUGGCAAAAUAUUCUCAUCUGAAGAUAAGCUUCAUGACUGUCAAACGGCCUGUCAAGAAGGAUGAAAAAUUUCUGCCGGCAGUUGUGAAAAAGAAGCGAUACGUACCUCGAGGAGUCAGUAAAGAAGACAGAAAUAAGAUCAUACAAAUGAGAUAUGAAAUGCUGAAGCAACUCCAGGAAAAUUUCAACAAAGACAACACUGCAAACUUGCCACCUGAAGCCGUCCAAAAAACUGAAGUAGUGAUACCUUACAAAUUUGACACUGUAAACGUCAAACAGCCUGACAAAAAGAAAAAAGAAACUGAAACUAUUGAGAAGCCUAAAGUACAACAUAUGAAAGGAGUUAUUUCGAACGUUAGACCCAAAAAUGUGGCCGAUUUACAGCAACUUACAAGAUCAGUUAGUGGUAGCAACAAGAAAACCGGUGACAAAGACGGUAAAAUUAAGAAGAAAAAUAAGGAUGGACUGUUUGGUGAUGGAAAAGGUGGUGAUAUGGGAAAGAGCAAAAAGUACUCGACUAUGGCAGAGAAAUCCGACGGUUGUGAUGAAAAUGGUUGUGAAGGUUCGUCAACGACAAAAAACGAAAGCGAAAAAACAUCGAGCGGUGAAGCUCAAGAAGAAUGCCAAUCGCAAAGUCCAAGUAAAGUUGAAUGUCCAGAAUCACAAGGUUUUGAUGUAAUGGAAGCAGUACCGCAAGCGUUUCAAUGUCCAAGUCAAGAGCUCGAAGAAGAGAGACAAAAGAAUCUCUACUAUAGGUACCACCAAUAUUCGUUUAAUGAUUUACACUCUUACUUGCACGACCAAAGAACAUUUGUCAAAGAAAAAAAGGAAAAGGAAAAAGAAAUUGGCGAGAAAGAUAGCAAAACUGCCAAAGAUUGUACAGAGAAGUAGAAUAGUACCUGUAAAAAUUGUAGAAAUAUUUAUGUAAUUUUGUUGUAAUCAAAGAUUAACAAAAAAAUAUAUAAUCUUUAAAUAAAUCUACUAAAAAAAUACUAAUAAUUUAUCGCCAAUAAAUAUACAUUCACGUUA